AUGCCACAGCAGCUUAGUGCGAAGGAGCAGUCGCUCUUCCGCACAGUCGUGCGCAACUAUGAGGACAAGCAGUACAAGAAAGGAGUCAAGGCCGCCGACCAGAUCCUCAAGAAGAGCCCCAAACAUGGCGAUACUCUCGCAAUGAAAGCCCUGAUCAUGAACUCCCAGGGGAAAACCGACGAAGCCUUUGCCCUAGCCAAAGUUGCCCUAACCUGUGACAUGAAGUCGCACGUCUGCUGGCACGUUUACGGGUUGCUCUAUCGUGCGGUGAAGAAUUUCGAGGAAGCUAUAAAGGCAUACAAGUUCGCUCUGAAGCUGGAGCCAGACUCUCAACAGAUCCAACGAGAUUUGGCGUUGCUGCAAGUACAGAUGCGAGAUUAUGAGGGCUAUAUAGUCAGUCGCAGAGCAAUGCUACAAGCAAGAUCUGGCCUUCGACAGAGCUGGACAGCUUUGGCAGUGGCACAUCAUCUAAAUGGAGAUCUCGCAGAGGCAGAGCGUGUCCUGACAGCUUACGAGGAUACUUUGAAGAAUCCUCCUUUGAAAACAGAUUUCGAGAACUCGGAGGCUGUUAUGUACAAGAACUCAUUAAUUGCAGAGCAAGGCAAUAUCCAGCAAGCGUACGACCAUUUACAAUCAGCUGGGAAGUACAAUCUCGACAGGCUUGCGGUGCAAGAACUCCGCGCGACAUACCUCAUGAAGCUUGAUAGAAAAGAGGAAGCUGCGAAGGCCUAUCGAGCCCUUAUUGAAAGGAAUGCGGAAUACAAGUCAUAUUAUGACGCGCUCAUUGAUGCAUUGGCAAUUUCGGAGUCGGACCAUUCAGCUCGUAAAGCAAUUUACGACGAGUAUGCGGAAACAUAUCCUCGUUGCGAUGCGGCUCGUCGUCUGCCUCUGGACUUCUUGGAAGGGGAUGACUUCAAAGCUGCUGCUGAUAAGUAUAUUCACCGAAUGCUUGACAAGGGAGUGCCUUCAACCUUUGCCAACCUCAAGCACCUGUACUCGAAUACAACUAAGAAGGAAACUCUUGCAGCUUUGGUUCAAAAUUACAUUGACGUUGACAGAAGCGAAGCCAAUACUGAGCCAAAAAGGAACGGCGAUACAUCAAAAGGUGCUUCAGCAGCAUACUAUUUUCUCGCUCAACAUAAUAACUACCACCUAAGUCGAGAUUUAAACAAAGCAAUGGAGUACAUAGAUAAAGCUAUUGGGUUGGAACCUGAAAGUGUUGAUUUUCACAUGACAAAAGCUAGGAUAUGGAAACACCGUGGGGACACACGGAAAGCGUCCGAAUUGAUGGAACAGGCCCGCCUUCUCGACCCACGAGAUAGACAUAUCAACACCAAGACCGCCAAGUACCAGCUACGGAAUAACGAGAAUGAGGCCGCACUCAAGACAAUGGGGAUGUUCACGAGGGCAGAGACUGUUGGAGGACCGCUUGCAGAUCUCCAUGAUAUGCAAUGCAUGUGGUUCUUGACUGAGGAUGGACAAGCAUAUGCUCGUCAAGGCAAUUUAGGGCUCGCUCUCAAGCGUUUCACGUCAAUCUACAACAUAUUUGAUGUCUGGCAAGAAGACCAAUUCGAUUUCCACAGCUUCUCGUUACGAAAAGGUCAAAUCAGAGCCUACGUAGACAUGAUGAGAUGGGAAGACAAGCUGCGUGAGCACCCAUUUUUCAGUCGGGCCGCUUUAUCAGCAAUUGAGAUCUAUAUCAAGAUCCAUGACAAGCCAUUAUCGAACGGGACAAAUGGAGACAGCAAUGCCAAUGGUGACGAUGCUGCAGAGAGGAGGAAGGCAGCGAAGAAGGCCCGAAAGGAAGCUCAAAAAGCCGAGCGAGAGGCAGCUGCAAAGAAGGCUGAGCCAAACAAGCCUGUGCGAGCUGACGACGGAGAUUUGAAGAAGAAGGAUGAUGACCCAGAUGGAAUUAAGCUUGCUGCGACGACAGAGCCAAUGACCGAUGCCAUGAAGUUCUUGACACCUCUGCUUCAAUUCAGCCCAAGGAGUAUCAAUGCACAAAUCGCUGGUUUCGAGGUAUUUAUGAGAAGGAAAAAGUACCUCCUCGCUCUCAAGUGCCUCCUGGCUGCAUCGGCUUUGGACGAGGAAAACUCCACUGUCAAGGAGCAAAUCAGCCGAUUCAAGGCUGCCGUCGAUACUGAGUCUGAGUCCCUUUCACCAAAAGCGAAGGCGGUCGUCAUAUCCGAAUUGGCAACGCUAAAGGUCUCCUCAUGA